UUCCAGCCAGCUGCUGGUGCGCAGCAGGAUCUCCUUUGGAUGUGAAACUUGUAAAAAGCUCAGGUUCGGAAAGUGGCAGAAAGCAAAGAAGGGGAGGGUCGCUGCGUGGAUUUGUCCUGAUGGAAGCUGCUGUGAAGAUCUCCUCCUCAUCCUCCUUAAUCUCUCUCGGCCUGCGUGGAUGAUGACACGCGGAUGGAGCACCAUGGAUUAGACAACGCUCCUUCAUUUCCCUUUUAAACACGCAUUUUUUUCAAUCGAAUUCGGAAUACAAAGUGUUCAAGUUUGGAGGCGCAGCGACGGUGCAGUCAUGUGGCAGAGCCUUCUCACUUGCUGCGCCCUGUUCGCUGUCUACGAAGCGGCGCCGCUCGCACACAUCAACCGCCUGGCGCUGUUUCCUGACAAGAGUGCCUGGUGCGAGGCCAAGAACAUCACGCAGAUAGUCGGGCACACGGGAUGUGAAGCUCGCUCCAUUCAAAACAGAGCCUGUCUGGGCCAGUGUUUCAGCUACAGCGUCCCCAACACGUUCCCCCAGUCCACGGAGUCCCUGGUGCACUGUGACUCCUGCAUGCCCGCCCAGACUCAGUGGGAAGUGGUGACUCUGGACUGCCCAGGUAACAACGAGACUCCCCGCGUGGACAAGCUGGUAGAGCGGAUCUUCCACUGCAGCUGCCAGUCGUGCAGUAAGGAAAGUGUCCAGGAUGGCGCGACCAUGGAGUUGUAUGCAGACAACAGCCUGGAGACGCCAUCUUUACCCGACACCCUCAUGGAGGCUCAGUCCCGCCCGCCUCCCCCCAGCCCAGAUAGCCACUCCACGCACAGUCACACACACCAUCACCACCCACUUCCACACACAUCAGACGGAGGGUAGAUUUGACCUUUGACCCCUCUCCCCCUAGAAGAAGAUUUUCUCCUUUUUUACGUGUGACCAUAUGGUUUCACUUGUGCAUUUGCAAAGUCUUUUCAUUCAAUAAAACGUCAUUGUUGAUAUUCCUGUAAACACACCAGCCUAUAAAUGCAAUGCUCUCUGCUUGUUUGCAUGUGUAUCUAUUCACAACAUCAGCUUAUUUUAAUCUGCAAUAAAUUAUCUUGUUCUGGUAACUCUA